UGUCUGGACCUCUAGAGUCUCCAAAGGGAUAGGGAUACAGAAAGAAAGCGCAGGGAGAGAGGGCUAGGGUGGAUCGAUUCUUUUCUUGCCGAUCUGUGGAUUGUAGCUCGGGAUUGAUGCUGUGAGGUGGUUUAUCGAUCGAGCUGCGCGCGAUUUUGUUCUAGGGAGCAGCCAUAUGAAUGCUGAAAUGGUAGGGUUGAUGGCGAAUCCAGCGCUUCCAUCCGAUGAUGCGGUGUCCAAGAAGAUCCGGAAGCCCUACACCAUCACGAAAUCCAGGGAGAGCUGGACGGAGCAAGAGCACGACAAGUUUCUCGAGGCCUUGCAGCUGUUUGAUCGGGAUUGGAAGAAGAUUGAGGCGUUCGUUGGCUCGAAAACAGUGAUUCAGAUUAGAAGUCAUGCCCAGAAGUAUUUUUUGAAAGUCCAGAAGAAUGGAACUGGAGAACACGUUCCUCCUCCACGGCCGAAACGUAAAUCUGCUCAACCAUAUCCUCAAAAAGCUGCGAAACCAGCUCCCCCACAGCGAGGAACUCCACAUCCUCCACCACCGGAUUUUGGUUACAUGGUUCCACAAUGCAAUAUGUUUGUUCCAGGAGUGACUGCCAGUCCGGUUUCUUCCUGGGUUCAUCAUGGAGGGCCUCAAGGAACCAUUCCUUUCAGCUACAAAGAUCCCCAUCAACCGGAGCUGGCAACCCCCGCGAAUAUCAAGAACCAAAACAAUAGCAGCACUGCAAAUACUUGGGCUCAUGAUCCUCCGGCACAAGCAAAUCCGCAGAGAGGUCGGAAAACUGGAGAAAAAGUGGAUAGAGCUAAUGGUAUUGUGACUUUGUCAGCUGCUCCUGCGUUCUCCGAGGUUUACAAAUUCAUUGGAAGCAUAUUUGAUCCUGGCACGGCUGGGCAUCUCAAGAAGCUACGGGAGAUGGCUCCGAUAGACCGAGAAACUGUUUUGUUGUUGAUGCGGAACCUGGCAAUCAACCUGUCAAGUCCGGACUUCGAUCAACGGAAGCUGUUCGUUUCAGUCUACGAAACGAAGGAAAACGGAAUGGAUUUUGACGACUUCCAACAAGGUGGUGAUGAAGAAACAGCAAGAAACGUGGAGAAAAGUUCGCAAGACGCACUAGCAACAGCGCCACCACUUUUCCCUGGCUCCCAACCGGAAGCUAGCAUCCCACAAGCUGUAGCAGAUGUUUCCAAGCACCAAAGGCAUCCUUAUGAUGGUGGUGGAGGUUUAGAAGAUGACAGGAAUGGAUUGGAUCCUCUGUACAAUAUCGCAGAAGCUCUGGAAGACUUCGAUCCUGUGGACCAAGUAGAGAAGAUCGAUCCAGAGAGCAUUAUCAGCGACGGAGAAACUCUGAAGAUGGCAGCGGCAGCAGCAGCAGCAUCUAGAGACGACGAUGAUCAAAGUGUAGAGGGAUGGUGGCCGUAGCAAACCAGCAAACUUGGGCGAUCGAUCGAGCUCGCGCCGGCUUCGUUUCAUCGUCCAGGCCUUUUUGUGAAUAGCUCCCAGGUGUUUAUAACUUCGCGGUAUUUCUUGUGGUGUGAUCAAAGCUUCCAAGGGAUCUAUGUAUGUUAACUGGGAGCGUCCCUUUGGAGUAAGGAAAGCAUUGGCUAGGAUUGUGUACACGCGUCGCGAGUGAAAGUUGACACGCGGUGCGCUCCCAUUGGCCGCUAUUGUGUACCUUCCUACACAGGGCCACGCCCCUUCUUUUUCCUAUAAAGCCUUCCUUGCUCGUGCUA